GGACGUGUCGCUUGCGAAAUCUCUUCAGGGGAUGAGUUGAUGUUAACCGAGCUAAUGCUCGAUGGCUUAUUCUCCCCAUUCACUCCGGCACAGUUGGCUGGUGUUUUGUCCUGUUUCGUGGCUGAGAAGUCCUCCGGAAAACACCAGCGCACACAACUGCGCCCUGACAUGGCGCAGGCUCUUGAAGCCAUACAAACAAAAGCACGAUUCUUAGCUCGCGUUGCAACGGAGUGUCGGAUCAGCUCUUCACAUCUGUCGUCAGACUCUGCCGAUGGGGCGUCCGGUAACAUACCCGAAGUGGCCGCACUACUCAACAGUCGUGCCAGUGCACUGGAUGAUGAGCAGGCUUAUGUUGACCGGUUUUCUGGCGAUCUCAUGGAAGUCGUGC